GUCAUUCCCUGCGAUCCCAGUGAACAAGUUUCCCCUGGGGUUCACCAAUUGGGUCAUCUCUCCUCUCCUUAUCUUGAAUAUAACGAACUCCAAGCUCGAUCCAUUCUCCGCGAGCCCACCGCGCUCCGUCCGACGGAAGUUCAACACCGCCACCGCCCGUACCGAUCCGUUAAUCCAAGUACAGAGCAAGCUUCACAUAUCCUAAAAUGACUCUUCGUCCUUUGUCACACUGCCUUCGCGCCCGCUGCAUUCGCCGCAGCGCUCAGAACAUCCAGGGCUUCUCCACGCGAACCAACCUCCGCGGCGGCGCCGACCACGGCGAUCACUACGACCCCCCGACUGGGUACCUCUUCGGCGUUAAGCCCGGCCAGAAGUACGUGAAGGAGGGUUGGGAGAACAUUUGGUACUACGGAUUCAUUGGCAGCCUGCUCGUUGCUGGUGUUGCAUACGUCUUCAAGCCUGACACCUCGAUACAAACAUGGGCCUUGGAGGAAGCCCGACGGAGACUGGAAGCUGAAGGUAUCCUUGAGGAUCCCCAGCGCAAGUAAACAAUGACGUCGCCCGAUUCCCGUUGUACUGUGUACAUAAAGUGAUUCAACAGGACAAUGGUCACAUCUGUCUCGGUAAAGAUGUUUCCUCUUUAGAUGGUGUUGGCUCUCUUGUAUCAUUCAAUUCGCUUUUCUUUACUUGUUCUCCACGCGCAUCUGACAUAUUGUACCAUGAACUAUUCAUUCCCACGCUUUGCUUUAGAGCUACCAGAAGGGAAAGAAACUCUACCAAUAGACGUCUUCAGGCUAUUGAAAAGUUGCCUCAAUUGAAAUGACUGGAGUUGUAAGGCGUGAUU